UGUUGUUUCAACACAAAGCGUGGAUGGAGUGGAGUCAACUUGCUGAGUUCACAACACAGAGCAGAGAACACCUUCACCUCAGAGCAGAGAACACCCCCAACACAGAGCAGAGAACACCCCCAACACAGUCAUCCUAAGAAGAACCGUAUUCUCCGUAUCGUACGAUGCAUCUCGAGAGUCUCAUCGAAGACAUUGGCAGUUUUGGUCGCUAUCAGAGAUGCAUCGUCUGUGUGCUCGCAGUGUGCAAAGGCCUCACCGUCGCACCCAUGAUGACCAUGGCCUUCGCAGGGCUUGAGCCCGAUUGGUGGUGUGAGUCACGUGAUCAGGAUGACGUCGCCAUCUUUACAAAUGGCAGUUACCAAAACUGUCAGUGGAAUGGGACGUGUCAGAGAAUAUUUGAGUCAGAAACGGUAACCAUUGUAUCUGAGUGGAGCCUCGUGUGUAGCAAGAGGUGGAUCAGUAACACUAUCAUCUCCAUACAAAUGGCGGGUGUCCUUCUCGGCAGCGUCAUUGCAGGCUACUGCGCAGACAGAUACGGCCGGAAGAAGGUGGUGUAUGGUGGACUGGUUUUGAGCACCAUCAGCAACAUCAUCGCUGCGUUCUCUGUGUCGUGGGUCAUGUUCGCUGUGAUCCGAGUCAUCAUAGGCACGUCGGUAGGAAUGACCUUGUCUUGUUCCUUUUUGUACCAAAUGGAAUUUGUUGGAAAGAAAUGGCGAGGAGUGUGCGCAGCGAUUCCCUCGUGGUCCCUCGGAAUGGUGCUAUUCGCUACAUUUACUUGGACCACCCGGAACUGGAAGUGGUUGCAUCUCACUAUCGCGGCAUUCAGCAUACCCUUGCUGUUAACUUGGUUUGUGAUGCCAGAGUCACUCCGCUGGUUAGCUGUGAAGGGACAUCUUGAGGAGGCGAGGCGCGUGGCCAACAGGAUUGCGAGGUACAACAAAAGGCCAGUUCCGGACACGUCCAUCCUGGAGCUGAUAGCUCAGGAGGAGAAGGCGGAGGGGGACAAAGCUAAAUCCUACACUUAUAUAGAUCUGGUCAGAACCAGGGCACUGAGGUGGAGAACUGUGAUAACACUCUUUAUUUGGUUCUCCCUGUCCGUCGUGUACUAUGCUAUAUCGUUCGGUGUAAGGAACCUGUCAGGCGACUUCUACCUCAAUCUGAUGAUCAUGGGGCUGCUGGAGCUACCGAUGGCACUUGUGCAGCUCUUCAUGGUCUCAGUGUUCAGCCGGCGUUGGGCGUGCGCCUUACUGUUCGUGCUGUCAGCUGUUACGUGUUUUGGUGUUGCCAUGGUCACAAAGCUUGCUCCCGAGGACAUCAAAGUGCCGCUAGAAAAUGGAUUUGCAAUCUCCGCCAAAUUAUUCAGCAUCAGCGCAUGGUUAUUGGUCCUGGCGCUGUCUAGUGAACAGUUCCCUACUGUGGUCAGAAACUUGGCAGUUGCUGCUCAAAACAUAGUUGCAAGAAUUGGAGGGAUUUUCGCAGCUCAGAUAUUUUCUCUGGGUCCCAAGAACGAUCUGAUGCCACCGUUCGUCGCCAUGGGAAUAUUGAUGACUCUUACAGCACUGUCAUGCUUCUCUCUUGAGGAGACGAGCAAAAUGGCAUUAGAGGACACAAUGAAGAAAUAUACGAUAGAAGUCUCGACCGAAGAGGUUAAAGAAACUCUUCUUCCAAAAGCUAAUACUCUGACAGUGAACGGUAGUGUUGGUGCGAAGGGCGACAGUCCUGAAAUGGAAGAGGAUGGUGCUGAUACCAUACCUUGUGGCGAUGAUGACGAAAGAGGAGGUAUUUGCCAGUCAAAGGUGAAAAUAAUCGUGGAAAUGGUUGAUAACAAUGUACCAGAGAAGGAUGAAGAGGAGGAACCAAGGAGUACCACCUUCAUCAAACCAGAACAAGCCAGCUAGGCCCUGUGAAAGUAACAGUUCAGACUUUGAUCCAUGGUUUUGACAAAGAAAUAAAUAGGAGUGGCAUCUAAGGAUCAAAUUCUGGUUCGUCACUUUGCUAUUUUUCUGAAAAGAAAUAAAGAUGUACAAACAAAA